UUCUUUAUCAAAACAAAGAUGUCAACGGUCGCCAUCUUUACAAAGGGACUUAAUUUAUUUAUGUCAAAAUAAAAAUUUACUGCGAACGAAUCAGUUCAGAAGUUGAUUUUAUUCAGUUUAGUUUGUUUCAUCCGUUUCGUUCCGUCUAUAGAGAUUUUAUUGACCAACAAUGCAAAUAGCAAAACGACCGCGAGCGGAUUGUAGUCCUCAGCAGAAGGAUGAUGACGUAAAUUCAGACGACGAAGAUCUAAGAACGUUAUUUUGCGCCAAUCUUCAUGAACACACCACAGAAGAAUUGUUGUAUGAGCUGUUCAUACAGUCUGGUCCUGUUGAAUCGGUGAGAAUCCCCAAAGAUAAGGACGGUCGUCCCAGGCAGUUCGGAUUCGUAACAUUUGUUCAUACGUGCACGGUGCCUUACGCCCUUGAGCUAUUCGCUGGAACCCGCCUUUUCAACCGCGAUCUGGUUAUCAGGUACCGUAAUCAAAGCCCGCGAAGUCAAAACCUAGGCAAAAGACGACGAAUCGACAGCAAUUCGCUAUCGGGGGAUGCUUCGCCUGUCUCCAGCCAUCCGAGAUGUGAGGAGCCUCGCAAUACAAAACGGCGCUUUCAAUCCGACACCAGCAACUCCCUUAGGAUGGGUGGACAAGGUGGCUCGAGUGGAGGUCGACAAGAUGCAAAUAUGCAGCCACGGUUCACACCAAAUCAGAAAAAUUCUGACAGAAUGCAACAGGGAGGAGACCGUUUUAAGGUGAACGACCUAGAACAGCUCGGAGCGAAAUUUCUGUUUGGUCAAUUCGAUAACAGGGGCGACAUGAAUAUGUUCGACAAGGCCUUGAAAAAUGCCCUAUCGGCUGAAGGCGCAAAUCGGUCAUUUAAAAACGACAGAGGGAAAGGUCAGUCGCACAUGAAACAUAAUUCUCAGUCUUCGAACCCAUUCCGAUCGCCGCAACAAUCUACUCCGCGAAACAAUUCAGAACAGGGUCGCGGCCGCCAUGGCGACAAAGACCGCGCGGCAAACCGUCGCCGCGGCAACCAAAACAAACGCAGAUAACAGGAACUCGUGGUGUUCUCUCUUUAUUUAUUUCUGAGGUUUCGUUUUUAAGAGUUUUCGUACAUUGAGAUGUCCGUACAUUUAAGUUAAUUAGAAAAUGAAAAUGAUGAAAAUGUGUGAAUUUAUCCGAUUGAAUAUGUUGACUAGUAAUGUAGAUAAAAUGUCGCUAUCUCUGUAUGUUUUAUUUAUACUUCACUUCUCGAUUGAAUAACAAAAUACAAUGGAUUUUGUGAGUUUUA